CGAUCCUUCCAAAUCAGUGACAACCAAACAUUUCGGUGAAACAGCUAUAAAAAGGAGAAGGCUGGAAAGACUCAAGCUGCAGGAACUAGAGCAAGAAAGAGAAAGGGAAAAAGAGAGGGAGGAAGAGGAGGCUGAAAGAAAAAGACGUGAUGAUGAAAAAAAAGUUGGAGAAAGAAAAAGGAAGGCUAAGCUCAAGAGGAGAGAACAGAGACAGAUAGAUCGGGAUGAAAAACGCCCAAGAAAGCAGCAGAAGGUAACAGCUGAAGAAGAGCAGUGGCCAGAGAAUAUGCCUGAAUGGGAAGAGAGGAAAUAUCUACUAGCUCAGAGAAGAGUGGAGUCUGUAAGGCUGCUUACAGUGCUGUUAAACCGAGUAAAAGAUUUUGCACAGUUGACCAGCCAAAAAGUGGAGCCUUUACUGGACCUUGGAGACUUAAGGAAAAAUCACUUUCCGGAGACAGAGUUACAAACUGCACAGAAGGAGCAGAAAGACUUCCAUUAUCUUGGGGAGCAGAAGCAUGGGGAAAAGUUUAAGUAUCGGUUAUUUCAAACAGAUGGCUCUUCAUUUAGUGAGAGAGAGUGGGAGACUAAGCUACCUGCAUCAUCUUGUCAUAUUGUGAGGACUGUCUUAAAUGAUCCUGCUGUAACCCUGAGCUCUGGUAAAUUAACUAGAGUGGACAAGUACAGCUCCUCUGAAAGUGGCUCUUUACAGAUUACAAUUACUCAAGACUGCAAGCUCGUAGAGUCUCUUGAUAGAGAGAACUCCCCUGCUUUGAACGUAGCGAACUCACAAACAGCAUGUGAUACAGGCUGCCGCAAAAAGCAAAAGGUUUAUGAAACUGAUGAAUUCAUACACUAUUUAUUAAACUACUAUCAAACCCCACGGUAUGCACGUGUCUGCCUACAGCCAAAAACUGCUGUGAGCAAGUCUUGGUGGCAAAGGGUGGUGUCAGAUAAUGGCAACAGCUUUCAGAUCAACUUGAGGAACAAGUAUGGGCAGCACCUUGCUGAGAAGAGUUUUGUACAAAAUCUGGAUGAGAGAACUUGCAGCAGGGAUGAUAAUUAUAGAUGGGAGAUCACCAUUGAGAAAUCAGAGCCUACAUCGGGAACGUCCAAACAUAAGACCUGUUUUCAAGGGUUCACAAAUAACUUCCAAAUACAGUGGAAUGACUCACUCAACACUGGCAACUUCCCACGUGUAGAACUGAACAAUUCCUUCGGAGGUACCAACCUCGGUCAUAAUAAAGAAUCCAAACAAGACAGUAACAGCAGGAAAGUUACUCUGCCGUACAAGCCAUCUGGGUCAGCAUACAAAUUAAAUGAAUUAUUGGAAGAGAUUAGUAGUGAUUCUGAAUACUUCAGUAGCUUAGUAAAGAGAACGGAGAGAAAAUAUGAAAAGGUUUUCAGUGAUGGUAACAAAUUAUGCUCGCUUGUGGGAAAGGAAGAGAAAAAAAUUCUUGUCUGUGUUAAAAAUGCAGCUCAGAAUGAUGAAGACAGUGAAUCCAAAAAAUGUAGCUUCUGUUCAAAUUCUGUACCUGAUGGCUUGACAAAGCAGAGUGGACGUAAGCUUAAAAAAUCAUGCAAGAGGUCCAGUAGUAAAUUAAGACAUGAAGGGCAAAGAAGUGAGAGGCGAUCCAGGGAGGAAGAGAGACAUGCUCACAAAAAGAAAAAAAAAAGAAAAAAGCCUCUCACUAACAUUUUAUCUGAUGAAUAUGGCUUUUCUGAAACAGAUGGUUGCAGACAAUUGGCAACUCUAAAAAAGACACAGAGGAAAUGUAACAAAAUAGUACACCACAAAAUGAAACUCAAAACGCUUCACACAGUGACAGCAGUCUCAAAAGAUGCUGUCUCUCCUGAUGCCUCUGCCCUUCAGGGAUCUCACCAAAAGGCAGGAGAGGAGAGGAAAUUAAUUUUGAGAAAAGAGAUGGAUUCCAAUUCAGCUGUAAGAGGAUUCCCUCCAUUUCCUGUGGAGAUGAUUGAGACAAAUCCUUGUGCAGACACUGUUUGUGAAGCAGAACCCAGUAGAGGAUGCUGAAUGCCUGUCAAGUAAUGGAAAGCUGGUCUCAAGGCUACUCAUGGAAGGAGAAAGUUUCUUUUAUAGCUGUAAGAACUGAACUGUAAGGGUUAGUAAUUGUAAGCAGUCUAGAAUAGCCUGUGUUGCUUAGAGUCUUCCUACAUGCAGAAGUGGUAGGACAGUCUGGCUGGUAUAAAGAGCCACACAAAAACAGAAUCUUUCUAGGUUUUCCAACAAUAUUUAAAAGGACCAAAAAGUUACCUAAAGGCAUGGCCAAGUAUUGUGGAUGAGGACCAGUUGCUAAGAGGUUUGAAGCUUAAUAGCUUGAAACCUCCAAGUUUAACUAUGUCAGGGAGAUAUGAAAGAGCUGAACAGAUUGUGCACGAAAGCUCUUGUAGAGAUGUAAUAAAUCUUGUGCAGUGCUGCCUCAGUCAGAUUGUUGAAGUGGUAGGAGUAGAAAAGGUGCUAUGGCAGGGCAGGGAUAUUCACUUUUUUUGGAAAAAAAAAAGAUGGGUGAAAUCUUUCUCAUUUUCAAAUUUGAGAAACAAGCAGGCUAGUCUAUUUUAACCUUGCCUGAGCCCCUGGGCUGGAACAGUUCCUCUGCUUUCAAUUAAAAUUUCAGAAAUUAUUUGGAAAACUAACAGGCUCUUGGGCUGGUCUGUCUCAUUACAGUCCCAAUAGAUUAAAUGUUCCUCAGAUGCUGCGUAAGGAUAUUCUGAAAAUGGCACUGAUAUUGAAAAUAAAAGGGGAUGCUUAACAUUAGGAGAAGUUACCUUCAAUAUGUGCUGGCAGUUGUUUGCAGCAGAAGUUUGAAUCUUUUAAAGGAGCAAGUAGGAACAGGACUGCUUAGUUUGAGGUAGCUGACAGGUAAUUCAUAGGAAGGACUUCUAACAUUGCUACAUUUCAUAAUUUUUUUUCAGCAUGGAGUUAUAAAUGUGAAACUGCAGACUAGAAGCUUGAAUUAAUAUCUGUUGUUUGUUCAGUUGUCUCUAUUUAGAAGACAGCCACAGCUGCUCCUGGACAAAGUCCCCUUGGGAGAUGGAACUUAAUUUAGAAAAUAUACUGACUAUUUAAGUUCUCAUUUUGGAAAAAAUAUUUAUUACAUGUCAGGAUACUAAAGUAAUAUGAUAUUGCUGCUUUCAUACAUAGCAUAUCAUCCAUGUUGUAACUUCUGCUCUAAUAAAUAUUAAUAAACACUUGCAGUUAUUGUUCAUGUUAAUCGUGCUUUCCACCACAUAGUUCUGUGAUGAUUUCUGUGCAGGUUUUUACCAUAAAGAUUAUUCUCGUUAAAAACAUGCCCAUAUGUUGAGUGCCUUUUCAGGAUCAUCAAUGACAAACGGUUGCUAUUCAGACAAAGUACUGUUAAGAAUAACACUUACCUGAAAAUAAUUUCUUAAUCAGAAUAUUGUCUAUGUACUUUGGAAAAGUUAUGUCUCUGGUUGCUAUUUAGACUUUGCUUUCUAGUGUUUUAUACAGUUGUAAUGGUUACCAGCUAUAGAAAUGAUUUCAUGUGUAAAUAUUUCUGUUUACUGUCAUGGCAUAUCACAACAUGUUUUCCUCUAUGCAAUAUUUACAGACCAGAAAAGGACUUCCCUCUCUCCUUGUUUAGAAAGGUAUAUGUGUACAUGCUCAUCCACAUCAGUGUUACACUUACAUAGAAGUGACUUUGGUGAGGGGACUGGAACUAUUAAGUGUAAUUUUCCAAUGAUCUUGCACAAUGCCAUCGUAUUAUUUAACAUCAAGUAAAUAUACUUGUCCUGCAAUUGCUUGUUGCACCACCUGCCUUCACUCAACUGAAAAAGCAAGUCCUGAACAUCAAAUUCUUAAUUUGGAAUAGAUACAACACUAAUACAAUGAAUAGUAUGUUAUAUGUGCACUUUAAAAUGACAAAUGCCAACCUGUUUUACUUCAUCAUAUUAAGAUAUAAAUUAACUUUAUUAGCACAUACAUUCCAGCUUUGCCCUUUUUAUAUCAUAGAUUGCACCGUUUAGAACCUACUCCUGCUUAUUUUCAGAUCACCUGUUUCUCUACCUUUUCCCCCACACGCACAUUAGCUGAGCCUCUCUAAUUCUGUAUUUUGGACCAUUUGGUAUAAAUAACUUAAAUUUCAUACCAUGGGUCAGCAUUUGUUUAAAUUCCAUUUUUGAGAAUAUCUUGAAAGAAAUUUCUAAGAAUUUGCUUUUAAAUUUAAAUUUGUAGAUGUUUUUCUGGUUAAAUCUGUAUAUUGAUACUGCUGAAGAAUAAGCUGUUGUGUCUCAAUUAUGAAAGUUAAUAAAAUGUAUUUAUUUUA